ACCUCACCCUUGAAUUCCUGGAGGCAGUGGAGGGUUGGGGCUGUGCAGUGAUGGCUACUGAUGGAGAUAACUCUUCUCUAGGUAUUGGUGACUUGCAUGAUGUCAAAACUGAGCUAAAAGAGUUUACUACGUCUGACUGGAGGAAAUUUGGAUCAGUAGCUGGCCUCAAAUACAAUACUCUUAAUAACAUACAAGAAAACAAAACAAAAGUUGAGGAUCGUUUUGAAGAGUGCUUGGCUUGCUGGUUGAGAAGGAAGGACGAUGUUGACAGUAAAGGAAAGCCAUCAUGGAGGAGACUAGUUGAGAUAUUAGAGGAACUUGGAGAACGAGCCUUGGCUGACAAAAUUAGUAACAGAAAAGAGAUUGUCUGGCUACAUGAAACCAGUGUACCAGUGCGGCUGGGAGAAACAAAAUUGUUUAGUUUAUCAGAUCCUACUACCUCCUCCUCCUCGUCCUCUAAUGUAGUACAUGAAUCAACGUCAGUAUCAUCCACUGGAGGAGCUAGUCCAUUAGCUACUGUUGAUGUCAAUAAAGUAAAGAAAGUGAUCGAUGAUGUUCUUAUAUCUCAUUUUGCUGCUCUUAAUUCUCUUAAGACGUCUCUCUCAGAUCUUGCCAGUCAGUUAUAUGCAGCUGGUCUUAUUAGUGAUGAAGUCAGAGAGACUCGUAGCAUGGAAAAGUUUAUUACAGAGUUCAUGGCUAGUCUUAGUUUUAUGAGAAAGUUACCUCAAGUGCAGGAGCACUGUCAAAAGUUCUUAAGCUCAUUCAUUGCUGUAAGAGGUAGUUAUGCUAAUGCAGCAAUAGCUUUAGCUGAGGACUGGAUUGAAGCUAUCAGGAAUGAACUGGGACUUGAUUUUAAUAUUAAUAUUGAUGAUUACUAA